AAAGAUGCUGACGAAAGUGCUGCCUAGUCACCUUCAUUUGACCUACCGGGUAUUGAUUCAUUGUCCGCAGUGCCGUGUGAUCAUGUCUGGAAAACCCGGCGAGCAAGUCGACGAGCGUCUUGGCGUGCGUAAACGUUUUCGAUCACUACUACAAAAACGAUUUCCCUCCAGGAGUCGAGCUACCCAACCCGAUGCGGUGCUGUCAAAUCAACAGGCGAACUCUGGAGACGUCGGCGACUCACAUGACGUUCAAACGACGGCGGUUCCGGUGGGCGAUGAGAAUGAUCUCGUUCGUGUAUGGGACGAGGCAUGGGUGUCCAUGCAAUCUGAAGAACCAGACCUGCUUGCGAAAUACGAGCGCUACCUCCUAGCCCAGGAUAACCUCGACGCGAAUCCUACUCCCGAUCGUCUCUCUGGCAAAAACAAGAAAGAUCAGCUUCUCCGCACCGCUGACUUGAAGAUCACGGCUGCAAAAGCGAAGCUUGCAGAGGGAGGAGUCAGUGGCCGUGUUAAAACCGUCGUUGAAGGGGCCGUGACCAUUUUGAUCAAAGGAAAAGACCUCGUCACAGCUAUUGCCACCACUGAGCCGCAUGCCGCACUGGUAUGGGCAGGAUGCAGCGUAUUAUUACCGUUUCUUCUAAACCCAAGCGCAGAGCGUACCGCUGCUCUGGAGGGGUUUGCUGAUGCCAUGCGAAUUUUGUGCCGAUUCAGUGUUAUCGAAACGGAUUUAUUCAAUGGCUCCGGCGUCGGCUUCAUGUCCGAUACAGAGCUCGUAAGGCUGAAAGAUCAACUUCGCACGUACUUGGUACAACUAUACGCCUUGAUCAUAAAACUUCAAAUUCGGCUUGUUCUUCGAUAUGACCGUACUGCCGUCACUCGGUUCUUCCGUGAUACAGUCAAAGCCGAUGACUGGGAACCGCUGGUGAAGAGCAUUAAGGAGCUAGAAGAUUCCAACUUUAGAGACAUAAAUGCGAUUGGACAGCAUGUCCUGCUCCACGUACGAACUUCCAUUGAGCGUCAGGGCCAGCAGAUGUCUAUGGGAUUUGCGAAGAUGACCAAGGGGUUUCAACGCCUCGAAAAAGGUAUCGAGGUCGUUCAUCAGAAAAUCCUUGCGCGCGAUGACGCCACCGAGGAUUCGAAGUGCGUGAAUGCCUUCAAUAUUGGCAUCAGCUACGAACUUCAGAAGGACAGGAAUAGUGUCUGCUCACCAGACACUGGAGAGUGGUUCUUCCAUCACCCUGAGUAUCAAGCUUUUCAAAUUGAUAGGGGGCCACAACUGCUGUUCAUCACCGCAGAAGCAGGUGGCGGCAAAUCCACCACCAUGAGGACCUUUAUCGACAAGCUUCAGGCGUAUGAUGAGCCCCCGUUGAUUGCAUACUUUUUCUUCAAAGAUGACGACGAUCGACUUCGCAGUUACGACGACGCUUUGAGUUGCUUGAUCUACCAACUGCUAGUGCAGGAACCCGGACUAGUCCAGCACGCCAAAAGACCAUACCGAGAAUUUGGUGACGGAAUCAGACAUCAUACCAGAGAAAUGUGGCAUAUAAUCCGUGAGAUUGCUUCCCAUGUGAAGCGUGACAUCUUCUGCAUCUUGGAUGCGGUAGAUGAAUGCACCGCACCGCACAGGAAGAAACUCGUAACGGACCUCACCAGUGCUUUCCAAGACAUAUUGCAGUCGACGUCUCGGUUGAAAAUUGUCGCGUCGUCCCGACCAUAUCAUGACGAGAACCAUCCCUACGCCGGCCUGUGUGCUUCCAAUAAAAACGUUAGACAUCUGGCGGGCGAGGACGCCCAAGUCCAAACCGACAUUCGCAAGGUCAUUCGGUUCAAGACGCAGGAACUCGCUCGAAAAAGAGGACUCGAACAGGGAAUCCAAGAAAUGCUGGUGGUAAAGCUCUUUGAGCAAAACGUCCACACGAGAUCAUUCCUGGCAGUGCAGAUGGCGUUCGAACUGUUGGAUUCGCAUAACAGGAUGCAAAGAGGAGCUGGGAAGCGGACUAUUAGCAUCUUUCUUGCCGAUAUUCCAAAGCAGCUGGGUGACCAGUUUGACGAGAUGCUAAGGAGAAGCCUGGACAGAGAGCACGCUUGGAGACUGUUCUGCGCCAUUCUUGCAGCACGAAGAACGCUCAAGAUUCCCGAGUUCAAGGUUAUAUACACUCUGACACAGCCGACAAGCAGCACGGUCGGUCCGGCGAAUUCAUAUGACGAACUCGAGCUACCGACCGAUGACGAAGAGUUCAAGCGACUCAUUAGGUCUCGAUGCGGGCUUUUUAUUACCUUUGUCGGGGACUCGGUACACCUGUUUCAUCAAACCGCACGGGAACAUCUCAUGGAAAAAACGGCGGUGUCUGGGAAGACGUCCUACGCUGAGCCUGCACGGAUCUGGGAAGGUCAAACUCAUCAUCCCAACACGAAACACGGGCCGUCUUGGAAGGGUUCUAUUUCGAAGGCAGAUGCUAAUCUCGUUUGUGCGACGGUUUGCCUGGAUAUCCUAACUUUCACAGUAUCACAGACGUGGGUGCUGAAGGUACUGGAUAGCUUGAAUUCUCUCCGCGGAAUUUUCCAACUUGUUCGUAAGUUCGUUUCGGAACGACCAUUCCUCCAGUACGCUGCCUAUAACUGGCAUGAGCAUGUCGUUCUUGGGGGCGAUCGCGCUUUGAGGAAACUUUCAGACUCACGGUACAAGGCCAUUCUGGACCUUAGCAAGACCUCGUUCUGGGUGUGGUUUCUUCCGCUUGCAGGAUAUAUCAAUUUCACCUAUGUUCAUCCGAAAGCACCAAUAUCCAAUGUUUGGUCAACCGAGAUAGAGUCUCACAGACAGAGCGGCAAAUAUGGGUCGUUUCUGAGGGGAGAACACCUUGAGAAGCUCUUCCCCAUGGGUAAGAAAGUGCGCAACCUAUUGGAAAACACAUCAGCAGCGCCGUCUCUAGUGACGCCCGAUGCUGACGGUCCUCAAUGGCGGGCCGAAGAAGGCUACCACCUCAUCGAUGCAUUCUAUCUAGCCUUUGGAGACUUUCAUCUUACAAGUGCUAGCAAAGCAGUGCAAGCUAUGGAACAAGGAGACAAGGAGCGAGGCUUGAUGCUCUCAACAGAUGUACCCAUCUCGACUCUGAUCUGGACAUGUAUCGCGGACGUCGCACCAAGGACUCUCCACGCAGCAUUGGCUUCCGUGUCGGAUCUGGAGUGGCUUCACAAUGUACCCCAACACAUCAUCUACCGCCGGAGCAAGUUUCUCACGGAUGAUUUAAGAAAGGCUCAUCAAGAAGAGGGUUGGACAAAGCCUUGGCCACCCGCAUGCAGUACGAUACAUGCAGCAGGAGCAAGCAACUCAUCCGCGAGUAUCAAUCUAUUUGGUGCGCUGGCCGACUGGGUAGAGGCUUCUCCGCAAGCUGCCGAACAUUCUCAACAACUAUGGGAAGCGGGCGGUUUCCUCGUCCCUUCCUUAUGCCGCCGACUUGUUGACUCGGGAGCUUCCAUUCAUUGCGAAAUGUGGAGGGGCCGCCGGACCGCUCUACAGAUUGCAGCCUCACUUUGGGAACAUGACCUGAUACAGAUACUCCUGGACUUGGGUGCAGACCCUUCCAACUGUUCUAAAAAUGGCUACACUGCCCUGCAUUGGCUAUUAAAGCCGGAAGACCCUAUCGACGAGGAGCACACAUGGGCGAACACCAACGAGCAAGUCAGAGAGCGCAGGAUGGGCCAGCCGCGCUAUCAAAAAUCCCGAAUCGCUGCAUCCGUCAAGGCUCUCGCGCGACCAUUGUACACUCAGAGAUUUACAAUCGACUUACCUUGUAAGAAUGGGAAGACACCACUUAUGCUUGCUGUAAGGAGCUCUCAAACGGCGACCAGAACGCUGUUGGACGAAGGCGCCGAGCCGGACAAGCGAGAUAAUCGGGGCCGCACUGCCCUCAUGCACUUCUUUCGGGGGGGCUUCAGCGACCGGUCAAUCUCGAUCUUGGAGCAACUGCUCCAUGCCGGAGCUGACAGCCGGGCGUUCAACUCGUCUGGGAGGACGGCUAUGGGCUACUGGGCACGCAGCGUGACCAGCACAGCCUGGUGCAAAAUCAACGCAGGCCCCAAUAUCUACAACAAAGUCUUCCGCGUGUUAGCUACUCUCGGUGCACUCGCAAAACGAGAUAUCUUGGUUCAAGAAGUGGCCAGCCUGGAUGUUCCACUCAUGGUGGCGUCGCGGCUUGGCAACGCCCAGCUCUGUUGGGCCCUGUUGGACGCAGGCGCGAACCCCGACAAACACGGAGUUGCAGCAACCAGCCCUCUGGGUGCCGAAAUAGAAACCUACGGUCACGAACUGGAGGAGCUGGCAUGGAACCCAGUCCUGGUUGCGUUGCGGGCAAAGGCCUACGUGACUGCUGCAAUCCUCUUGGCGUACGGCGCCGAUGUCUGCUUCCAAGUACCGAAGCGCGAACGGACAAAGAACAACAAAGAUGGUCUCAGAAUAGUGGGAACUACGCCGCUUCAUCUGGUGGUCGGUGGUACUGACCGCAACGGUUGGGAUGAACCCUAUGUAGUACUUGACGGCAGCAGGUUCUACCCAGGUCACUGUGCAUUCGAUGCGGCGGCUGUUCUCUCGCACCAUUCAGUCUCGAAACUAUCAAGUUCAGAAACGCUAUCCGAUGCGAAGAGGGAAGACGACGUGGAAAAUUCAGAUUCGGAAUAUGAGAUCAAGAAAGACACAAACGUAGCCAAUAACACCGGGGCACUGAUGGUGCCGUUCGAUACCCUAUUUGAAUCUGCCUUCUUUCCCAAAGCGCCCUGCGAUCCGAUGCUCGAGGCCAUCAUCAGCAAGCAACAGACACCGACCGAUCGACAGGAGGCUUUGGCAGAGUAUAUGCUUGGAAGAGGAGCGUCUGUGAACGCAAGGACCCAGCAAGGCAUCACCCCCUUGAUGACCUCCAUCAUCCAAGGACACUUGGGCCUUGCCAGACUAUUACUCAGGAAGGGCGCCGACCCCAAUAUUGCGGCUGUUGGAGGCUGCACGCCCCUGAUACUAGCAGCGAUGAACGGUCGUCGAGAUCUCGUCGAGACUCUUCUUACCUGUAGCGCCGACCCAGACGCGCAGCUUGAUGCUCUUCCCCCCGAUGAGUGCCCCUGCGGCACGUUCGUCGAUGGACGGAGUGGUUCCAUUGGACAUUGUCACGCGCCGCUCAGCGCCCUGGCGGUGGCCGUGGACGGCGAGCAUUAUGACGUCGUCGAGGCUUUGCUUUCGCACGGGGCGAAUGCGAACUUGCCCAUUGUGCAUCACGCACACGGCAAGAUCCCGUCGAGGCACCAACUACGUAGCUUGGAGGUAUAUGUGGGGCUGAGUUCUUGGUACACCGAGACGGAGUUGGAGUCAGAGCUGGAGCCGGAGCCGGAGCCGGAACGGUGGGAAGGACGCAUCAGUAUUGGAACCGCGCUGACAUGGGCCCGAGGAGAAAUGCGGGAUCUGCUGCUACGCCAUGGCGCGGAUCCCACCCAAGAGGAGGCGGUACGGGAAUGCUUUUGCCCAUCCAUUGGGAAAAGUAGAAAGGCUGGGUUCUAUGGUGAUGAUGACUCCUCUAAUGAUGGCUAUCCGACGAGCGAGGAGAGUGAUUCUGGUACAGACUUACCAUUGCGGCGACGUCACUCCUCAACCAUGAGAAGCUCCAGCAGCGACUGUGGCUCCAGUGGUGAUAGUGGCUUCAUACUGUCGUAACAUAGUUGUGAGUACAAACGUUGGAUUGGUUGAUGGAUGUGUAUUACUAUGUCAG